AUGAAUAAAACAGAAAAAGUGAAACCAUCAACAGAGGGGACACCACCCAAAAAGGUGAAACCAUCAACAGAGGGGACACCACCCAAAAAGGUGAAACCAUCAACAGAGGGGACACCACCCAAAAAGGUGAAACCAUCAACAGAGGGGACACCACCCAAAAAGGUGAAACCAUCAACAGAGGGGACACCACCCAAAAAGGUGAAACCAUCAACAGAGGGGACACCACCCAAAAAGGUGAAACCAUCAACAGAGGGGACACCACCCAAAAAGGUGAAACCAUCAACAGAGGGGACACCACCCAAAAAGGUGAAACCAUCAACAGAGGGGACACCACCCAAAAAGGUGAAACCAUCAACAGAGGGGACACCACCCAAAAAGGUGAAACCAUCAACAGAGGGGACACCACCCAAAAAGGUCAAACCAUCACCUGCAAGGGGAACCACUAUAUUCAGCGUUAAAACUUCAACAGGUGCAACCGUCAGUGCCCUGUAUAUUGACAACCCAAAGCGUCCCGGGCUCCCCUGCGAGCACUUAGGCGGCUAA